ACUGGUAAAAAAUAUCCUUUGCGUGUGUAGAAAAACAGCACUUUAAACAGGGACAACCCCACAACAGCCACCACGAAACGCUUCGUCAUCUAGAGGCGGUAACGCCGGCACCGGUUGACGGUCAAGGCCGGCGCUGUCAAAUGGUCGGUAAUGAUUCAUUUCCUUCGCUUCAACCACCCAAGCUGGUGUGGGCUGGGCGGGCUUUGACCGGGCCGGAGCAGUUUAACCGUAACCACCGUAUCCACCGCUAGGCUCGUUGUUGGCGCAACCAAUUAACGUCCCUAAGCAAAUUUGCUCGAUAACCGAUCAAUUACAAAAACAAAGACACCAAAUGCUGUUGUGUUGGUCCACCUUUUUUUUGCCGGUUGAGUGUGACGCGGCUCAACGCUAUGGAUGGUUGAAUCGGGCUGCAGUUUGCUUUUGUUUGUACCCGUAUUUAGAGUGUCCUAAUUGGAUGAAAUUUACUAUGUUUUUUGUUGUUGUUGUGAUUUCACACGAGCAAUGUCUACACGAAAUUGAAUGAAUUAUUCAGCAAAGAUGACAAAUCAAAUGGCUUGCAGCGCUUAAUAUCUCAAAGGCGUUACAUAAUAUCGCAAAACCUCUCAAUCCGCAGCUGCAAUCGGGCGGGUUGGCGAGCGCUCGUGAGGGUUGAAAUUUGGCCAGACCUCUGCUCGUGGUCGCUGAUCGCUCGUAGUCGUGCCAGUAAAGUAAGUUCAAGUCACCCAUUUGGUUGGUCUUGUUUAUCCUUACAACACCGAUUCUACUAGCGGAUGGCCACGAUGACACUUUCUUUCAAACGCUUUUCGAUGAAACCAGCGUCCUGUUCAACAAUGGUACACCCCGCAUACCGGACACGAAGGCUUUCCGGAAGGAGUACGAUUUCAUCAUCAUCGGUGCCGGUUCGGGUGGAUCCGUGAUGGCCAACCGAUUGUCGGAAGUACGGGACUGGAACGUGCUGUUGCUGGAGGCGGGCAAGGAAGGUAACAUGCUGACCGAGGUACCGCUGACGGCUGGCUUGACCACCAUUACAGGUUACAACUGGGGCUACAAGGCUGACCCAAUGAAGGGUGCCUGUUUAGGGCUGAAGGGAGGCGUCUGCAAUUGGCCUAAAGGGCGCGGUCUCGGCGGCACCAGUCUCAUUAACUUCCUCAUCUACACACGCGGUCACCGGAGCGAUUACGACGGUUGGGAGCAGGCGGGCAACCCUGGCUGGGGCUAUCGUGAGGUGCUGCAGUACUUCAAGAAGUCGGAACGUGUGCAGAUUCCCGAACUUCGACACUCCCCGUACCGUUCUACGGCGGGGCUGGUCGACGUGGAAGAGUCUCAAUUUGAGACACCCCUGUUGAAGCGGUUCAUUGAGGCGGGUCGUGACCUCGGGUACAUGGAGACAGAUCCGAACGGGGAAAUUCAACUCGGUUUCGGUAAAGCACAAGCGACCAUGCGCAGAGGACGUCGAUGCAGUGCGUCCAAGGCUUACCUCGUACCGGCCUCAAGACGUCCCAACCUGGACAUAUCAAUGUACUCCCGCGUCACCAAAGUGCUGAUUGAUCCGGUAACGAAGCAAGCGUACGGUGUGGAGUUCAUCAAGCGUCGACGGCGGUAUGUGAUAAGGGCGCGCAAGGAAGUGAUCCUGGCGGCGGGUGCUAUAGCCUCGCCGCAGCUGUUGAUGCUGUCCGGUGUCGGCCCCAGGGAGCACCUGAAGGAGAUGGGCAUUCCCGUGGUGCAGGAUCUACCGGUAGGGUAUAACAUGCAGGACCAUUUGAAUCUGCCAGGGUUGGUGUUCCCGGUGAACCAACCGGUGACGGUGCGGGAACGAGACAUGCGUUCGCCGCGCCCCAUUAUCGACUAUCUGGUACAUGGCCGAGGUCCAUUCACCUCUCCGGGCGGUGCGGAGGGUGUCGCUUUCGUAAAGACUAACAUUAGCUUCACGCCCUCUGAUUAUCCGGACAUUGAGCUGGUCAUGGGCACAGGUGCUUACAACAACGAUGAGUCGGGUACGCUGCGGGCAACGAUCGGCUUUACGGACCAGUUCUACCACAGCACCUACGGCUCGAUCCUCGGAAAGCACGCGUUUUCGGUCUCACCGGUUCUGAUGCGGCCGAAGAGUCGUGGUCGAAUCUCGCUCAAAAGCACCAACCCGUUCCAUUGGCCCCGCAUGGAGGGUAACUUCUUUGCGGACUAUGACGAUCUGCUCGUGCUGCGGGAAGGCGUCAAGUUGACGGUCGAUCUGAUCGAAUCUCGCAGCUUCCGUGACGUUGGGGCACGGUUGCACAGUACACCGUUUUACGGCUGUGAGCAGCAUCGCUUCCGAAGCGACGAGUAUUGGGAGUGUGCCAUCAGACGUAUCGGUAGUACGUUGCAGCAUCAGUGCGGUACGUGCAAGAUGGGACCUGUGACCGAUCCGGAAGCGGUCGUCAAUCCACAGCUGCAGGUGUACGGCAUCAAGGGGCUGCGUGUCGUCGACGCCUCAAUCAUACCAACCAUACCGGCAUCGCACACCAACGCAGUGGUGUUUAUGAUCGGCGAGAAGGCGGCCGACAUGGUGAAAGACUUUUGGGCCAACGAAAUACGCUAACCAUCGCUGGUGUCGGCGAGACCUUUUCUCACUCUCUAGUCAACUUUGAUCGCCGUUUUGCCCGGUGAUCGUAGCACAGUCCCGGCGAAGGUGUCGGAGCACACGCACGCACGUCUCGCGAGUUGCUUGCGUGCACAAAUCUUCCCUCGUUUCUGCCCUGCCCAUCUUCUCUUCCCAUGAAAGAGUUGCCAACCGAGCGUUCGGUGUAGAAUUAAGCAAAAUAAAGAGACUGCUCUACUGUAAACAAACGGUAAUAAACGGUUUCCACGCCGGGCGCGUUUAUUUGCGUAAGCGA